AUGCCGAACCCCCCGGAUCCUCCACGUAUGCCUGCAGAUAAAGAGGUUAGUUGUGUGGCGUGCAGCAAGUCCGAUUUGCCGGCCAACUUCGUGCAAUGCGACACCUGUGAUUGCUGGUGGCAUUUCGCAUGUGCCGACGUCGAUUCAUCGAUUAGCGAACGGGCAUGGAUAUGCACCAAGUGCGAAGCUGCCCCCAGCGUGUCGGCAAGAAGCAGCAAAUCCAACAAAAGCGGAUCGACUGUCGCUCACGAGCUCGAACGACUGAAGCGACAGCAAGACCUCGAGCGGCAACAGGCGGAUUUGAAGCUGCAGAUGAAAUUUUUAAAGCAGCAACAAAAACUGCUGGAUAAGGCCAGAGCGGCCGAGGAGACCCGGAGUCAGAAGAGCCAAGUAAGUAGUCAGGCACAUAAUCGGCGAGUGCGUCGAUGGGUAGAGGAGUCGUCCCGUGACGGUACGGAAGAAGGCGCGGUGGGCGGAAAUCCAGCACCAGCUGCCUCGCCAAUCGAUCACGGCGUUCAACCACAAGGCUCCAACACCGGUGACCCGAAUCAAACCCAGGGGAGAGCGAAAUCUCGCGAUCGGUCGCAGUCGCGUAACGAAGUGGCUGAAUUGCGAGCACAGUUGGAGCAAUGCAUGAAGCGGAUGGAAGAAGCUUUCCGUCAGCAGCCAGCGAACACGGUACCGCAAGCGCCACCGCUGUGGGUACCCGAACCGAGAAGGAUGACACGUGAUGAACACCGGGAUACAGGUGCUAUUCCUAAAACGUAUCCUAACCCGGAACAAGCAGGUAAGCGUCAGGCCCCUCUUCACGCUCAAAAUAAAGGCAAUCCUGGUUUAUUUGACAUAAGUCCUCCCACAACCAACCAAAACAACCACCCAUUUCCUCAGUUUGUGCCACCGCAAAGUACAAACCCACUCUCAAACAUUAACGAUCGCCUUCCUUACAUGAAUGGGUCCAACCGUCAAGUUUUCCCCCUACGAAAUCCCCUUAGAAAUCCCCCCGUGAAUGUGCAAUUGGGUCCCACGUCGCAGCAGCUUGUAGCCCGUCAGUCCUUAGCUAGGGAUCUUCCUACGUUCACCGGGGACCCAGCCGAAUGGCCUAUAUUUAUCUCCAGCUACAACUACACGACCGAAGCUUGCGGCUAUACGGAUGGCGAAAACAUGAUCCGGCUACAACGUUGCCUGAAGGGCAGUGCGCUCGAGAGUGUCAGGAGCAGACUUGUGAUACCUUCCACCGUUCCACAGGUCAUCGAGGCACUGCAGAUGCGCUACGGACGUCCGGAACUCCUGAUCAACGCUCUGCUCCAGAAAGUUCGAUCGAUUCCAGCACCAAGAUCGGAUCGAUUAGAGGGGCUCAUCCAUUAUGGGACCGCUAUACAGGCACUGUGCGAUCACAUCGAGGCGGCGAACGAACUCAGUCACCUGUCUAAUCCUACACUUCUGCAGGAACUGGUAGCUAAACUGCCAGCGGACCAGAAGAUGAUGUGGGCUGGGUAUAGACGAUGUUUUGCGGGCAUCGUAGACCUGAGAACGUUCUGUGCUUACAUGCAGCAAGUCGUCGAGGAUGCUACGAGUGUACUUUCGUUCGAGUCGGACGGGAACAGAUGUCACGGAAGAGAGCAGGGAAAGGAAAAAGCAAAGCGGAAGGGAUUCGUCAACCAACACGCGUCCACCGUCGAAGGGUCGUUGGAAGCAGCUGUACAGAAGCCGGUUGACAAGAUCGAAUGCGUGAACUGUAGUAAAUUUGGACAUCGUAUUCGAGAUUGUGGGGAGUUCAAAGCUCUCAGUAUCGACAAUCGUUGGCGGAAAAUUCGUUCGUUGGGCGUCUGCCAAAACUGCCUGUUUAGGCAUGGCAGGCGGUCAUGCCGAGUCAUUACACGCUGCGGCAUCGACGGGUGUCAGUAUAGGCACCAUCCUCUCCUACAUUCAACGCAAAGGUCAUCGAGUGCUGUCACGCAGGUAGCGGAUAAUCAUACUCAUCGUCUGCUUACUUCGAGUGUUCUCUUCAGUAUAGUUCCCGUGACUCUCUAUGGGAAUAGCGGCCAGGUAAAUACCUUUGCCUUUCUAGAUGAAGGGUCCUCAUUGACGUUGAUCGAAGGGGAGCUAGUGAACCAGCUUGGGAUAACCGGAAGACCACAACCUCUCUGCCUGCGAUGGACGGCAAACACCUCCCGUACGGAGAAAUCUUCACAGAGUGUUUCCAUUUCGAUCUCUGGUGAAGGUAAGGAACGGAAGUUCACUAUCGUUGGAGCGCGAACGGUCGAAUGCUUGAAUCUACCGACACAAAGCUUCCAUUUGGAGAAUGCAGCGGAGCGCUUCAAACAUUUGAAGCAUCUACCAUUGAAGAGCUACCAGGAUGCUACUCCUAGGAUUCUGAUAGGGCUCGAUAAUCUGCGGUUGGCCCUACCACUGAAGGUCAGAGAAGGAGAUGGAUCCGGACCUGUUGCAGCCAAAACCAGGCUUGGCUGGUGCGUUUACGGCCAGCAGCAGCAGCUGGAGCAGGAAUCGUACAGUUUUCACGUGUGCGAGUGUACGAAAAACGAAGAGCUCCAUGAAACGGUAAAGCAAUUCUUCGCCGUAGACGAAGUAGGAGCGGCCAACCCCAUUCUCUCGGCCGAGGAUCAACGAGCGCAGGAGCUACUGGAGCAAACGACCCGGCGAGUUGGAGACAGAUACGAAACCGGACUGCUGUGGCGGAAGGAUCACGUCGAGUUACCGGAAAGCUAUCCUAUGGCGCUGAGCCGAAUGAAAUGUUUGGAGCGUCGUAUGGAGCGAGAUUCAACACUGAAACAGAAAAUACAGCAGCAAGUUCGGGAUUACGUGAUCAAGGGCUACGCACACGUUGCGUCGGAUGCAGAACUGGAGAGAGCUGACCCAAGAAGGGUGUGGUACCUUCCGUUGGGAGCAGUAACGAACCCGAAGAAGCCCGAAAAGGUGCGCAUUAUCUGGGACGCUGCUGCCAAGGUGGACGGGUUGUCGUUGAACAGCCAUCUGUUGAAGGGACCCGACCAGUUGACCUUUCUUCCUGCUGUUCUAUUCCGCUUCCGGCAGUUCCACAUUGCGGUUAGCGCAGACAUCGCAGAGAUGUUCCAUCAGAUUUUGAUGAUAGCACGCGAUAAGCAGUCAUUAAGAUUCCUAUUUCGCUUCGAUCCCACACUGCCUCCCAUAGUCUACGUUAUGGACGUAGCUACAUUCGGAGCAACCUGCUCACCGGCUUCAGCGCAGUUCGUAAAGAACUUAAACGCCAAGGAGCACUCGCAGCAGUAUCCUCGUGCUGCUCAACGGAUAGUAGACAACCACUACGUUGACGACUAUCUCGACAGCUUCGGGGAUGUAGAAGAAGCCAAGCAGAUUGCUGCAGAAGUGCGCUUAGUUCAUCGCAACGGUGGCUUCGUUCUGAGGAACUGGAAUGCCAACAGCGAUGCAGUGCUGGAGUUCCUGGGAGAGCCAGGGAUCGAUAGAAACAAGAAUAUCAACCUGGUUGACAAGGAGCACACUGAGAGGGUUCUCGGAAUGCUGUGGAUGCCCGCAACCGACGAACUAUGCUUCUCAACGCAGAUGAACGAGGAAGUGCGCACGCUUAUCGAGACUUCCACUCGGCCUACAAAACGGCAAGUACUGCGCUGUGUGAUGACGUUGUUCGACCCGCUAGGAUUACUGGCGACGGUCCUCAUUCACGGAAAGGUUCUAAUUCAGGAGCUAUGGCGGACCGGAAUCAACUGGGAUGAGAAUAUCAAGGACGCUGAGCUGAAUCGCUGGCGGGAAUGGGUGCAAAUGAUCCAGUUUAUUUCAACGGUUCGUAUCCCGAGAUGCUACUUCGAAGCAGCGACGAGUUCCACCUAUGAGAAUGCACAGCUGCACGUUUUCGUUGGCGCAAGCCCUGCGGCGUAUUGCUGCGUCGUGUAUCUACGCGUGAUGGAUUCUGAGGGUAACGGACAGUGUUCUUUAGUGGCAGCAAAGGCGAAGGUGGCUCCUCUGAAGCCAAUGUCCAUUCCCAGGCUUGAGCUACAAGGGUGCGUACUUGGAACACGGAUGUUGAAAUUUGUUCAGGAAAACCACACCAUCCCGAUCACGAAGCGCUAUCUGUGGACGGACAACACUACGGCGCUUUCUUGGAUCAGGUCGGAUCCACGCAACUACCGCCCCUUCGUUGCCCACAGAGUAGGAGAAAUUCUGGAGACUACCAGCGUAGAUGAAUGGAGAUACGUUCCAUCGUUGUCCAACCCGGCUGACGAGGGGACUAAGUGGGGCAAAGGACCGUAUUUCAGCACCGAUAGCCGCUGGUUUGCUGGACCACAGUUCCUGAGGUACCCGGAAGACGACUGGCCAACUCCACCAGAGUUAUCUUCCAUCGAGACUGAGGAGAUACGUCGUGUUCUUUUCCAGUUUCCGUAUGAGCCAGUCAUUCAGUUUGAAAGGUUCCCGAAGUGGGAGAGGCUACAUCGCACGGUAGCUUAUGUGCUACGUUUCAUGAACAACAUCAACGGAAAGCGGCGCAAAAUGUGUGGCGAAUUGCAACAAGAGGAGCUCCAGGCAGCGGAAGCGGUGAUCAUGAAGCAGGUGCAGUGGCAAGUGUUUCCGGACGAGAUGACAAUUCUCACGAAGAACAAGUCUGCUGCGGAAGGUGAAGCACAACCGAUCCCGAAAAGCAGUUCGCUGUAUCAACUAGUACCGGCGUUGGACGAAGACGGAGUAAUGCGACAGAGCGGACGCAUCGGAGCAGCAAAACAUGCAUCGUACAAUCUGCGGCAUCCAGUGAUUCUUCCCCGGAAGAGUGAAGUGACUACGCUCGUGGUGGAUGAGUACCACCGGAAGUAUAAACAUGCCAACCCGGAAACUGUAGUCAAUGAAAUCCGUCAGCAUUUUGAAAUCCCUCGAUUGCGAACAGUGGUGCGAAGGUGCAGCCGUGAGUGUAGGUACUGCAUACUUCGCCGAGCGCGGCCGUACAUCCCUCCGAUGGCUCCACUUCCAGCGGCCCGUCUUGCAGCCUGCAGCCGUCCAUUUAGUUUCGUCGGAUUGGAUUAUUUCGGUCCGUUGUUGGUGAAGCAAGGAAGAGCGAGCGUGAAGAGGUGGAUCGCACUUUUCACUUGUCUCACCGUGCGCGCGGUCCAUCUGGAAGUUGUGCACAGCCUGACGACUUCAUCAUGCGUUUCCGCCGUCCGAAGGUUCAUCGGCCGUCGCGGAGCACCAGUAGAAUUCUACAGCGAUAACGGGACCAAUUUUCAAGGCGCCGAACGACUUCUGCGGGAACAAAUUGAGCAGGGACUAUCCGCCACCUUCACCAGCUCGAAGUGCAAAUGGCUCUUCAUUCCGCCAGGUGCUCCACACAUGGGCGGUGCCUGGGAAAGGAUGGUCCAGUCAGUGAAAGCCGCGAUGGGUGAAGCUUACGGGGAUGGGAAACUUGACGAGGAAGGACUUGGGACUUUGGUUGUGGAGGCUGAGAGCGUAGUCAAUGCUAGGCCUUUGACGUAUCUGCCGUUAGACUCGGAGGAAUCUGAGGCACUAACACCGAACCAUUUCUUGCUCGGGAGUUCGAGCGGUAUCAAGGAACCGGGCCGGGACAUUCGCUACCAGCAGCGGAACCUUCAGAAGACGUGGGUAGAGAUACAACAGCAACUGGACAUCUUCUGGAAACGGUGGCUUAAAGAAUAUCUGCCAGUUAUUCGCCGGCAACCGAAGUGGUUCGAAGAAGCUGCGAGAGAGAUCAAGGAUGGUGACUUGGUUCUCAUUACCGAUGACGGCAGACGAAGCGAGUGGACCAGAGGACGUGUGGAGCAAGCUAUUAGAGGACCUGAUGGAAGAGUGCGUCAAGCUAUCGUGCGGACUAAGGGAGGUAGUGUACGAAGACCGGUUACCAAGAUCGCCUUGCUGGAUGUUGGAGAAACCCGUGCAGUCUUGGUCGAUGGCAAGAUGCACCCGGCGGAGGAUGUUGCCGCAAGUCUACCAAUUUACCACAGGGGUGGUGAAUCUGGUAACCCGGUCGCUGAAGGCGACGCGUCCAACAGAAACGUCACCCGCUGUCACCGAUGA